AUGAACAAUACUUUUGACGAUACUCAGUGGGACCAAAAAAGUCACAGCUUUCGAAGCUCAAGAAAAUGUCACUGUCCCAGUGGUUCUGAAAAAAAAAGUUUUAUUUGGAAAUAUUUUAUUGAAAAAAAUAAUCCUAGUGAACCUAGUAAAAUCAUGGUUUGUUCCCUUAAUCUUGCAAAUGAUAAACCAUGUCAAAAAACAUACAUCACUUUCAGCAAUACUAGCAAUGCUAUCCAAUAUUUUGCCAGUAUUCAUACUAUUGUUGAACAAGGAAAACUUCAUAUCAAGUACAUUUCACUCACUACUGAUUUAUGGACAUCUCACGCCAAACAAGGAUAUAUUGGUAUUACUGCAUCAUUUAUGGAUUCUGAUUUUAAAAUUUAUGAUAUUUUGCUUGAGUUGGAAUAUUUACCAUACCCACAUAUUGCUAAACAUAUUCGAGAUAAGAUUCAAUUAAUUAUUGAAAAAUGGAGCUUGCAGGAAAAAGUGAUUGCUAUUAUAACUGAUAAUGAAUCAAAUAUGAUUAAAGCUAUAUCAUAUUUAAAUAAUAUUACACGAAUAUCAUGUAUAACACAUACACUUCAGCUCGUAAUUGGAAAAGAAUUAGCACCUGUCUUGGUUUUUAUUUCUCGCGCCAAAUACUUAAACUGGUUUUUUACAUAUCCCAAACAAAUAGAAAGAUUUCAAACAACUCAAACUUCCUUAAACUAUCCAAAAAUUUUAGAUGCAAUUGAUCAAUUGGCAAUUGAUUUAUCACGAGAUCAGGAUAGUACAAUAAAAAAAGAUGGAUGUCAUCUUAAAAAAAUUAAUCUUACGGAUGAUGAAUGGAUCUUUAUGGAACAUUUGGUUAAUUUACUUGGAUUAUUUGAAGAAGUCACCACUUUUUUAAGUGGUAAUAUCUAUAUGACACUUAGUCUAAUGCAUCCUAUCAUUUCUGAAUUACAAAAAGUAUUUGAAGAUGAAACUUUAUUA